AGAUAUGAGGACCCAGAGGACAAAAUGAGCAAUACUACUUCCAUGAUGCCGUUUCUGCUGCUUCAAUUCUCAGACAUCCGAGAACUGCAGCUCUUGCACUUCUUCGUGUUCCUGACAUUGUACCUGACAGCACUAACAGGGAACCUUCUUGUCUUCAUUACAGUAGCUUUUGAUCACAGCCUGCAUACCCCCAUGUACUUCUUCUUGAUGCAUUUAGCCAUGCUGGACAUUGGGACAGUUUCAGUCAUGCUGCCCAAAUCCAUGGCGAUGUCCCUCAUGAAUGACAGGUCAAUUUCCUAUUUUGGAUGCAUUGCCCAGGUUUUCUUUUACUUCUUCUUUGCAGGAACAGAUUUUGCCCUCCUUAUUAUAAUGGCACAGGAUCGCAAUGUUGCUAUCUGCAACCCCCUCCAGUAUGAGAGGAUCAUGCACAAAGGAGCCUGUCUACAGAUGGUCACCAUUGGGUGGAUUAUUGGUCUUCUUUAUGCCACUUUACAUACUGGUAGCACAUUUGCAAACACCUUCUGUUCUAAUAUUGUCCGUCAGUUCUUCUGUGAAGUCCCACAGUUACUAAAGCUCUCCUGCUCAGACAUUUACCUCGUUGAAGCUGGGCUUCUAGUACUGAGCUGUAGUGCAGCACUAGGCUGCUUCAUUUUCAUUCUCCUAACAUACAUGAGGAUAAUUUCUGCAGUGCUCAGAAUCCCCUCUGUGCAUGGUAAAAAGAAAGCCCUCUCCACUUGUCUUCCCCACCUGACUGUAGUCUCUGUGCUUGUAUUCACAGGGCUUUUUGCCUAUGCAAGACCUCCUGGUGAUGUUGCUUCUGAUCAAGACAUAGUUUUUGCUCUGAUUUAUACUAUAAUUCCUUCCAUAUUGAAUCCGUUUAUCUACAGCAUGAGAAAUAAAGAAAUCCAGGCUGCUUUGUGGAAGCUAAUAAGAUUUAGGGGUUUGCUCUGA